AUGCCUUCCGAAGAGAACUUCACACUUCCUUCUUAUGCCAAACUUUGCCGGACUCUGCAUACUCCUCAGAGGCUAACACCCUUAAUAGUUGUCGUCCAGCCCCAUGUGGGUCCUGUACAACCACUAUUUACAUCCCUGCUGGUGAUAACCAUCAGUCCACAUGGAUAUCAGAUUAUCCAGGGUCCUUUGAGUAGUGACCAACACUCAUUAUUGCAAGGCCGAGCCAACGGCGUUCCCUUCCAUCCUAAAGAUUUCCCAUUGGGGAACAACUACAAUGUCUUGAAAGCCUUAGGAGUGUGGCAACUGUCACAAAUAUGCCAUGUUCCUGACCCUCAGAUGCCUACAGGAAACUGUUUUCUCGUACGAGAAGGCAAACACAGAAGGCAGAUAGAAGCGCAGCCAUAUGAAGCAUGGGAGAGUUCCUUCUGUGUAUAUCUGCAUCGCCUCAUGGGAGACCAAUGCUCUGUUAUCCCUAUCAAUGCGACCAUCCCAUUCAUCUCAUUCGGUCCCAUCGACAGAGCACUUGGCCUCCCAGGAGUCAGUAUAUUGUGCAUGACACAGAAACAUGUCCACAAAGAACCCGACAUCCUGGUCAAUGCCAAUACCUUUAUUCCAUGUGCUCUGCCUGGAAUCACAGUGGAAAUUUCUGGCAUAGGAUAUGAUGGAGCGGACAAAUUCUUUGUUCUGUUUGACUGUUCUCACACUACAAUCACCCACUUGGGCUUGGUCAAGACCCUUGGAAAGGGCUUUCAAGAAUUCAUCAAGCAGCCCCCAACCAAAGCCUGUCAAUGA